AUGACGGAUUGGUUGUCGUUGUUUUUACAUAAUUUCUUUGGGGUGUAAUUUAGUUCUCGUACGAGUGGUGCGUUUAUAUUUUGUGCUGACUUAUGUGUUGAACUUUUGACUCCUGUUUAUUAAUGAAUAUUAAGUGCGUGUAAAUCAAAACUAAUUAACAUGGGGGUCGUUUUGCCUCCUUUGGAAUUUACUGAGUGUUUAAGUGACAGCCCAUAUUUCAGGGAAAAUCUGCACAAACACGAAAGGGAGCUCGAGAAAACCAAUCAACAUAUCAAGAGGAUUAUCAAAGAAGUCAAAGAUUUAUUGGCCGCAGCCAAACAACUGAGUAUUGCUCAAAGAUCAUUCGCCAAGUGCCUUCAGGGUUUCACUUUCGAAUGCAUCGGUGGAACUCAGACUGACGAUGAGCAAGUCAUCUGCGCGUCGCUGAAAAGUUUCAGCGACCUGAUCCUUCAGGUCGAAGACGAAAGGGAUAGGAUGUUGGAGAAUGCUAAUACGGCCGUGGUGAAGAACCUAGAAGACUUCAGGAAAAAGUACAUCGGUGGGGUGAAAAACGAGAAGAAGAAGUUCGAGAAGCAGACGGCGAAGUUCUGCCAGAACCAAGAGAGAUAUUUAAAUCUGACGACGAAAAAGCCCAAUUCACUUCAGGAGGCUGAUGCAUCAGUUGAUAUGGCUGAAAGACACUUUUAUGCUGCUAGUAUGGAUUAUGUUUAUCUAAUACAGGAAGUUCACGAAAGGAAAAAAUUUGAAUUUGUUGAGACUUUGUUAACUUUCAUAUACGCAUGGUUUACAUUUUACCACCAGGGUUAUGAGUUGAAAAAGGACUACGACCCAUAUAUGAAAGACUUGCAACAGAAAAUUCAAAAGACUAGAAGCAACUUUGAUGAUUUCAGUCAGAAACUAAAGAAACGAAUGUCUGAGGUGCAGAAACAGGACGAGCCAAUCAGGAAAAACGCUAAAGGAUGCCGGGAAGGAUACUUAUUUUUGCUAGAAAAAAAGGCUUUUGGUACAACUUGGACUAAACAUUAUUGCAAAUAUGACAAAGAAACAAAAGAAUUUAGCAUGUUGUCAUAUAAUCAACUUACAACAAAAUCGCUUCCACAGCCCGAAACGAUGGUUCUAACAUCUUGCGUGAGACGAAUGUCCGACUCCAUAGAAAAACGGUUUUGCUUCGAUAUCCAGUUGGAUUCAAAACCGGGAGUAGUUUUCACGUUCCAAGCUUUAUCUGAACAGGACAGAAAAGCUUGGAUGGACAUAAUGGACGGAAAAGAACCUACGUACACGAUUCCUAGCAACAAUGUGAUUAAAGCACCAAAUUCAGAAGAAAGGGUCCUAGACGAAACCGGCAUACAAUUUGUCAAAAAAUGUAUAGAAGUAUUAGAAAGUAGGGGCUUGGAGGAACAGGGUAUCUAUAGGGUUGUAGGGGUAAGUUCGAAAGUGAACAAGCUGCUGAAUAUGGGUUUGGAUAGGAGGAAAAGCGAGAAAUUGACUUUGGAUGAUCCACUGGAAUGGGAAACCAAAACCAUUACCAGUGCUCUAAAGACAUAUUUGAGAAACUUACCUGAGCCUCUUAUGACUUACCGGUACCACAAUGGGUUUAUAGCUGCUGUCAAGAGCGAAUCCAAACAAAGCAGAGUAAACGACGUGCACACUUUAUUGUAUCGUCUCCCAAAAUCUAAUUUCGAAGUAUUAAAAAUUUUAAUGAAGCAUUUAACAAAUGUGGUGGCAAAAAGUGAUAAAAACCUCAUGAAUGUAAGCAACCUAGGUGUAUGCUUUGGACCGACACUUUUACGACCGGAAGAAGAGACUGUCGCCUCGAUCCUGGACCUUAAAUUUUACAACAUAGUUGUAGAAAUACUGAUAGACAACUACGAGAGGAUUUUCUUUAACGAGCCGGAACAGAUGUCUCCCAAGACGGGCCAAGCAAGUACUAUGAAUGGCCCUAACGUCUCGAGUAGCGUCUCUGGCGGCAGCAACAGUAGUAACAGUCAGAGCAUCUACAGUCCGCCAAACAAUCACCUGCCUACGUACGUUGGUUCGGACGAGACCGUCAACACUGGAAAUGCGAACAGAGCGUUCGUUAAUAACGGUCACCCCGCGAGAGUUUCACCUAACUAUAGAACACACAAUCAGCCGUACACUUGUACUGUGACCUCGUAUAUCGAACCACCCAUUUCGUCUAGCAUGCACAGCGUUCUUGAACCUGCAAAUGGUGGAUACCCAAUGUCGCGGAGCGACCACGUACCUAACAGGCCACCUAGCCAGCAGAGAUUAAAGCAUUACGCGCCUAGUGUUACGUCUCAAUCGGAAACAAAUUUGCCGAACUUGAGGAGUUACAGUCCGAAUAGUUUCAGGAAUUAUAGCAGACUCGAAGCAAACAGUACCAGCAGUUCAAAUGAAUCAUUGUCUUCCACUUCUAGAGAGAAUUUCAUCGGUGUGACACCGAAGAAGACGGAGAGGUCAUCGGUUUACAUGGGUUACCCCAAAAUGUACAAGUCUCCUGGAGACGUGACGCUGCUAAAUAAAGAACACGCAUUACUUAAUGUAUCUUCAGGGAGGUCGAGCCCUGUUUUCGGGAGAGUACGGAGAGUAAGAACAUUAUAUGCUUGUCUUGGGGAACACGAUGGCGAACUAUCAUUUGAACCAAAUCAAAUUAUCACGAACGUGAAAGUCUCGCAAGAACCGGGCUGGUUGGAGGGAACCCUGAACGGCAAGACCGGCCUGAUACCGGAAAACUACGUAGAAGUUCUCCCUUGACAGAGCGGAUCUCUGUCGAAACUAUCCACGUCCUUGAGACACGGCCUCUGCAGAGCUUUGCAUUUGAACAACUCUCUUCCGGGUGGGGGUCCCCACGAAUCGAGAUUAAGUAGGCACAGGCAGAGCUUAGAUAGUACAAGAACAUUGAUGAAACAGUCUAGUGUAGAGAGGAAAAGUUCCACGUAAACCUGUACAAUAUACCGCCCAAAUAUUAACGGUGUUUUCCAAAAAGCAUUUAUCCUGAACGUUUUAUAUUUGGCAUAUUUUUUUAUGUCGAUGUGUUUUCCUUUUAUAAAUAUUACGUUUUGGUAAUAUUAGUUCGUAAGUGUUGGGACUGCGCUUUUGCGGCAGGCCCUAAUUUUAGAUGCUUUCGAUUUUUGGAUAACGCAAGUAUUCAUAUACAACAAACCAACAUAUCAGGCAAAGAUCAAUUUAAACAGCAUAUAUAUUUUUCGUAACCAGUUUCCAUAGCCUAAUUCUAAUGAAACAAGAUGUAUGUGAAGAGGUGUCUAAAAUACAAUGUCCAAAGGUGAAUCAAUGUGUAUAUGUAUAUUGUAGAUGUAAAUAGUUAAUGUCAUGCACAUAAUUAGAAAACUAUUUGGUCUCAAUUUUUUUUUUUUCAGUUUUAAAGUAGUUUGAAUCAACCAAUCUACAAUUUAUUUCCGCUCUGGGCACGUCUGCUAUAUUUCUAAUCGGCUUUUGAAGAAGAUAUGAUUGAAAUUUAAUAAUUACUUUGUAAAGCCACAAUUUGUUCCUACUUCUCGAUAUAGUCGCAUUUACAUUUCUUAGAAAGUAGACGAAGCUGUGACAAAACGUAGAGUAAUAUUUUAAAAUGUGCCCAGUGUAAAUUUUAAUUUUUAGUGUUAUAUACACACGUUCUGUGAUAGUCCAGACUGGCACACUGAUAUAAAUUAAUAUAUUGUAUAUUGCCAUAAAUUAUACCUGCUCUCGAUUAAACGCCAAGAGAUGCAAAAAAUUAUACAAAUACAUGCGUGAUUCGACUAUGUUGAAAUCUCGCUCGUCUACGAGAGUUAUAUCGACUUCUAUUUCUAUUACAAAAGUCGCCUGGUACCUUGAUUUUUAUAAAAAAGAAUAAAAUUACUUAAUUGCAGUCAGAAUUUACAAAAAAACAUUUGUUUAUUGAAGAAAUAUAAAUGACAAUGAUGUAUGCAAAACAUCAUAUUUGAAUAUUAGCGACAAUUAUUUGUUGCAUCCUUAUAUUAAUCACAAAAAUUAAAAAUUUAUGGAUUUAAAAAAAAAACAUUAUUAACGAUAUUCUAAUAUCUGAUUAUUUUGAUGAAAACAUUAAAAAAAACAAGAUAAUGCCAGUUUUUAAUUCUUUUCUUUUGUUUUAAUUAUUUUAAACGGUGAUGCAUUUAUUUUUAACUAGAAUAAAUACUACACAUAUUUUUUCGAGUAUGCAUUUAUCAACUUCUAGAGUUUAAUAUUUUCCCAAUAAAAAAUUCCACAUAUUUUUAAAAAAAUUUAUUUUAAAUUUUGGUCUGUUGAAGUGUCGUUUUCUCAAGACAAAAACCUCCCAAAUAUGUCGAAAUUACCUUUUAAAGUUCAGCAAAAAUUAUUUCUCACUUGAUACAAACUUAAUAGUGGCAAGUAAAUAAUUUCUU